GGCAGUAGAGGACUGUUGUUGAUCUAGCGAAGAAGAACCAGGAAACCGAGUCUACAUUUCCGGUGGUUUCUGAAAGUGUGGGGACUGGUGAAAUAGCGCCGAGUGAAAGUUGUUAAUCAUGGAUAUUCGACCAAACCACACCAUUUACAUUAAUAAUGUAAACGAUAAGAUCAAAAAGGACGAACUGAAGCGGUCACUCUAUGCUCUGUUCUCUCAGUUUGGGCAAGUUGUGGACAUUGUUGCCAUGAAAACCAUGAAGAUGAGAGGGCAGGCGUUUGUGGUGUUCAAAGAACUUGCAUCAGCUACAAAUGCACUUCGACAACUUCAAGGGUUUCCUUUCUACAAUAAGCCCAUGCGCAUUCAGUAUGCAAAGACAGACUCUGAGGUGAUCUCCAAAGUCAAGGGCACAUUCGGAGACAAGGACAAGAAGAAGGACAAAAAGAAGAAGCCUCAAGAUCAAGUGGCCAAUGUGGCCAAGAAGCCAGCACCAGGAUCAGCAAACACAAACAAUGCACCAACCAUGCAGGUUCCAGAUAAUCCACCCAACUAUAUUUUAUUCCUUAAUAACCUGCCAGAGGAAACCAAUGAAAUGAUGCUCUCCAUGCUGUUCAAUCAAUUCCCUGGUUUCAAAGAGGUGCGGCUCGUCCCUGGCAAACACGACAUUGCAUUUGUUGAGUUUGAGAGCGAGGGCCAAGCAGGAGUGGCCAAAGAUGCACUGCAAGGCUUCCGAAUCACUGCCCAAUGCGCCAUGAAGAUCACAUACGCCAAGAAGUAGUCCCUGCCAUGAUGUAACUGGAAAGGGGACACAUUUUUGGACUCUUGGUUAGAGAUGUAUUGGACCCCUUGAUUUAUUUUAUUUUAAUUUUGUUUUAGCUGUGGAAUCUACAGGCAGUUCGUGCUUUUUUUGACUGAUUUCUGUACAGUCACUGUGAGCUGUGGGGAAAAACCUCUGACCUGCAUUGCUCUCUAUUUUUUAUGACUUAGUAAUAAAGAACUGUUGCCUUCUCUAUGUUCUAUGUUUCUAUCUCUCCUGAAGGCCCUUAAAUGGACCGCAGAUGUUUGUAUGUAAAAAUGUAGGGAAGUGAUGUUCUUUUUCUCUGAGAACAGAAAUGAUUAAAAUCAGAAGGUUUGAGACUCA